GGCCGAGCCUCAGCUUUGCAUAACGGGCACCGCUUCCGAGCGCGGGCGGGACGGCGCCGCCGCUUCCUCCUGCUGCUGCCCGCCCCCGCCAGAGGCGACAGCAUCCCGCCGCCCGCUCCUGCUGCCGGCCCCGGGCUGCUGCGGCCAGAGCCGCAGGUGCUUCCCAGGGAGGAGAAGAUAAUUCAAAGAGACCAGAGAUGCCUUGGCCGAGCAGGAAGAGAGACAAAGGAGCAGUAGCAGAUAAAAAAGAGCCUGAUGCUAAAAUUGCCAAAACUGAGGAGGAGACUUCAGAUAAGGAGGAAGAAGAGAAGUCCACAAAGCCUCCAGCUGGGGGUUCCAAGUCAGGAUGGAAGAACUGGAAGAAGACAAAGGAAUCUGACUCUGGUGGGGAGGAGAGCAAGAUAACCUAUUGCCACUGGCUUCUGAAGUCGGAACCAGAGAGCAGGCUGGAGAAGGGAGUGGAUGUGAAAUUCAGCAUUGAUGACUUGAAAGCUCAGCCCAAUCAGACAACCUUUUGGGAUGGAGUAAGGAACUAUCAGGCAAGGAACUUCCUGAGAGCCAUGAAGCUUGGGCAGCAGGCCUUCUUCUACCACAGCAACUGCAAAGAGCCUGGCAUUGUUGCCAUUGUCAAGAUCGUAAAGGAGGCAUAUCCUGACCACACACAGUUUGAUCAGAAGGAUCCUCACUAUGAUUCCUCCAGCAGAAAAGAGAACCCCAAAUGGUCCAUGGUGGAUGUUCAGUUCGUGCGGAUGACAAAACGUUUCAUCCCCCUCUCUGAAAUCAAGGCUCACCACCUGGCUCACAAAGCAGAUGGAGGCCCCCUGAAGAACAUGAUGCUCUUCACAAGGCAACGUCUCUCCAUCCAACCACUGACACAAGAGGAAUUUGAUUUUGUAUUGAGCCUGGAAGAGGAAAAGCCACAGUAAGAAACUGACAGCAGCACAGCUGCUCCCCAGCCUGCCGAUGCCACCUGCUAGCCCAGUGUAAGCCUCAAGUCUCCUGGCUGAAUCACAGCAAGCAGAACCUGCCUGCACGCAGCUCCACAGCCCUUGUCCUGACACUCUCUUUACUUCUGCUUCUUUAUAAAUAAAGCCUUUUGGAAUCAC